AUGGAUAGUGGCGAAGCCUUGAGUACCGAUAAUUGGAAGCAUUUGAGAAGCCAUGUCUCUAGGCUUUAUCGUGUUGUUUUGGCGCAGACAGACUUUAUCGCCACAACUCCGGUCGCUGCGUGCGGAAGGUUCUCAAAGUUUUUUAAACCGGACAUCAUUUUCAUGGAUGAAGCUUCUCAUGCCAGGGAGCUCACCACACUCAUCCCUCUGGCAUACUUUACGCCCAAGGCUUGGAUAUUUACGGGGGAUGUGAAACAAACGCAGCCGUUCGUGAAGGAUGCAAAGGACAGAGAGAAGCACAGCGGACUGAGAUUCAACCCAUUUGCUGCACAACUGAAGCUGAGUACCAUGGCUAGGGCAGACCGCGUCAAUGCUGUCAAUAGCAAGCUACUCGUUAAUAAGCGGGCAUUUGGAAACCUCCAUAGGCUGCCAUCUGCUAUGUUCUAUGAAAGCCAGAUGAGAUCUGGCUAUGACGAUGCAUCUCGAUACCCUGAAGGCGUGGCCUACCUAGCUAUUCACCUCCAAAGUCUAAAUGGUAAUCGACACAUUGACGAGAACCGCAUUAUCGUGAAUAUGGAAAACAGCAAUGAAGAAAAGUGUCGCGACAGCUAUUGGAACCCCCUUCACCACCAAUGGGUUCUGGCCCAAGCCACAUGUCUACUACAGGAUGACGGAUUCCGCGGCCUCAGAGACAGAGAAAUGGGUGGUACCAUUAUGAUUGCAACUCCGUACAGCACCGCGGUAAAGCAUUAUCACGCCGCGGUGAAAAGCUGGCCAGAAUCUUGGCAAAGAAGAACUCAGGUCUUAACAGUAGAUAAGGCACAGGGGAAUGAGGCCGACGUGGUGUUUCUAGACAUGGUAAGAACAACUACUGCCGGGUUCAUGGAUGACCCCAAGCGGUUAAAUGUUGCUAUCACGAGAGCACGCCAAGCCGAAAUCAUCUUGAUGCGCAGGACAAUGGCUUAUGUUCCUGGAAGAAGAUUCAGUAGAAGCAAUUAUUUGUCGCAGCUAUGGGACGAUACACUUCUACAUGGACGGAUUGUAACGAUAUAA